CAUUUUAAUAACUGUAAACAUGGAAUUAAAUGUCCCUUUGCUCCCCCGGUUUUUGGAAGUUUGCACGGUACUGGGCUCUAUAGAAUUGUUAAAUAGGUAGGUAUUGCUAAUUGAAAGCUGGCUGUUUGUUCACGAUUUUCAACUCGCCGUCAGUGCUGUGUUAGAUGACGUUCUUCGGUUGACCAGUCUUGGUGAGCGGACAACGUGUGACCCUUGGUCCGUGGUGAUUAAUGUGAACAUAAUAAUAAGCACUAAUUACUGCGUGACAUGGAAUUAUAACAUAAUUAGGUGAAGUAUACAAUCUGUAGGUGUCGACAUACGUCAGACGGUGGUGAUUUCUGUUUUGGAUAUUUGGUUUUUCUAAAACAAAAAGUAGAAGAUAGAUAGAAGAUGGAAUAUUCUGAACUUUGUGUUUUAAUAUAAAUGGAUGGAUACACCAACAAGAGAAGAACGGAGCAAUGUGUGCCGAUGUUAAUGGACAAAUAUGGGUUUGACCGAAAAUGGAUAUUUAUUGGGUCUUACACUCUUCCCAGCAUUAGUAGCAGGGCAAGAUUCUACAAGUAACGAUUACCCUAAAAUCUUAACACCGGUGAUCGUCUCUAUCGGUGCUAUUAUCAUCGCUUUUACCGUCGCUAAACUCGUCGACUGCUGCUGUAAGAAGACAAUAGAGAGGGAUGGAAAUAUUGAGUCCCUUGACGAUCAAACGAAGAAAAUUUUACGGGCUAGACUGAUAGUGAUUCAAAUGAAAAGAAAAGAAAUGGCCAAAGCGGCGCCAACAUUAGGGUUUUUAAAACGGUGGUCUACACGGACUGCGAUGUCCAGAAAUCUCCAGACUGAGGCAGCUCGAAAAAGUCCGGAUAAGCAAACAGUCAUAAAUGUGGAAGAAGCAGACGACAAAGAAAAGAAGAAUAACUCUUUACUAAGUGGAUUUUUAAAGCAAAAUAAAGUAGCUAAUGGUAUACCUAGUUUAACAACGAAACAGAACAAACAACAUUCAAAUACUGUGAAUACCCAGGCUGAUAAAUCAAAGUCUAGUGAACCGGCAACCCCAACACUCCGUUCCGGAAAUAAUUCCGCACAUUCGCAGACCUCAGUGCCUUCUACUGUCAUUUCAAAUCAAACGUCUCCCAAAUCCGACUCAAGGAUUUCUUCAUCGGAGAUAGUCACAAACAGUGACCCGAGAAGGACCUCUAAUAAAAGUGUAACCUUUAGUGAAAAGGUUGAAGUAAAAACUGAAGACGAAUUAGAAAACCACUUCUCCAAUUCUCCGAAUCAAGUCGAUUCCAUAAAAGUAGUGAAUGAGACCCCGUCUGCGGACUCCAACAAACCAUCUAACCUGAAAAAGCCAUCUUGAAAAAGAAAUCAACCAGUGAAAGAAUAAUAUUUUUGUGGUAGAUAAUUUAUUUUGGAUGGACUUGCCAUUUGUUAUGGUUGUUGAAAUCGACUUGGGUAUAUUUACCAAGAAAAUGCAUUUAAUGUGGACAUUUCCAGUUAUCUUUUUCAAACGAAGGACUCUUUUGCACACCAUGCUGUGGAUUAAUGACCUUGACAACCUCCUUUCAAAGAGAAUGGGGGUAAAUGUUUUGUUUUUGAUUGGACAACAUGGUUUCUUUACAUUUUGUAUGCAUACCCUCGUGGAACGGUUCGGUACCUUUCUUUACCAUGCUAAAGAACAAAUUGUUACCGAUUGCAAUACCAAUCCUGUGGCAAACCCAGACUUCAAACACCAUUGGAGAAUUAUUUUAUAUUUACCGUGUACCGUCCUAUAAUUACAUCUUCAUUGAGAACAGUCUUCGUUGGCCACAGGAUAACAUGUAAACAUGGGUUUGAAUGUUUAUAGAAAAGCUACAGAAAAUUAGACGUGUUUGAAAGUCAGUCGAAUGUUUAAAAGACUCUAUAAUUGUAAACCCGUUAUUUUCGGUCAGCGAAAGUGUCUUACUUAAUUUGGGAUAUCCAUGAAAGAAAGCAUAGCAUAUCAAUAGUUUUCUCCCAAAUAAGAAAAUUUCGAACUAGUUUCGGGAAUUGAUCAUUUUAUGGAGUUGUUAAACUUUGACGGAUAGAUGCACACUGAUUAAGAAUCCAAAAGGUGUACUGAAAAAUGACAACCCACUUAUAUUGUUCCAACAUGAAUUUGUAAUCUGCCGAAUGCAGUAUGUUUCAAUCGUGUUGUGGUUUGCUUACAAAUCUUAUGAUCGUUCCUAUGUCCGCGUCUUUCAUGUUUUCUAGAAACAUUUUCAAUAUUUUGGUGAUAAUUUUAACAUGUUGAUAAUAAAGAUACCUGAUUUUAGUCAUAUAUAGA